GUGACCAAGUAGGAAACGGCAUUCCUACUGCAAUACCUAUCUGCCUCAGGGCAGUCAUGUCCAUCACAUAUUAUCAUAUUUAUUAUGCAGUUGUGAUCUAAUAAGAUUUGUUCUGUGCGAAAAUGAAGAUUGUGCUUCAAAAUGUGUUGUGGCUGCUGUUCUUCGUCGCCUAUCAAUAUUUCUGCCUGGCCAGUGAAUCCGUGACAAUAGGAAUACUUUUCAAUGAAGGAAGCCAUCAGUCCGAAAUUGCCCUAAAUUCCACAUUACACAAAAAGAACACGUUCGACCAGAAGGCUUUUUUCAAGAGCAACGUUUUACAGAUUUCAAACUUCGAUUCCUUCGAGGCCAGCAAGACUUUAUGUGGAAUGCUAGAAGCUGACUAUGGAAUAGCAGCGGUGAUUGGUCUUGAAUCGCCGACAAGAGCCAUCCUAGAAUCGAUAUGCAAUCACUUUGAAGUGCCGUACAUCAUGACCUCGUGGAGGCCUCCCACUAGAAAGCAAACAGACACCGUCUUCAAUUUUUUCCCGGAAGCAGAGCUCUUCGCCCAAGCACUCGCUGAGAUCGUGAAAAGCUUGCAGUGGGGCAGCUUCGUUAUCAUCUACGAAACGGAAGAAGGACUCAUCAGAAUGCAGGAGAUCUUAAAAUUGCAAGACUACAAACGCAACAGUAAGCAAAAUAAUAUACUGGUGAAGCAGUUGGGACCCGGGAAUGACCACAGAUCUUUGUUAAAAGAAAUAAAAAAUGCUACGGAGAACAAUAUCAUUUUGGAUUGUAAAACAGAACACAUUCUACCAAUUCUACAACAAGCUAAAGAUCAGAAUUUGUUAAGUUUGCAUAAUAAUUAUCUAUUGACGUCUCUGGACGCCCAUACAUUAGAUUAUGGAGAACUGGACACUACAGCCAACAUAACUACCAUAAGGCUCUUUGAUUAUAAUACUGAUGACUUUAAGAAUACCAUACGAAGAUGGGAAUUGUCCCCGUUUGAUUAUUACAGCAAACGCAUUUCUCUCGAACCUAAUCAAAUCAAAACGGAAACAGUGCUUUUCUACGAUGCCCUGCUACAUCUCACCGAUUCCAUAAACGAUUUGAUGUACACUGAAAAAAGUAUAACGCCGAACCCAAUCAAUUGCUUCGAACAAACGAAAUCCAAAAAUGGAUACAUCUUUGCAGCUUACAUGAAAGAGAGGAAGCCUUCAUUAUCAUUGUCCGGACCUCUAAAAUUCGACGACAACGGCAAUCGCAUCCAUUUCAACAUACACGUGGUGGAUAUUCUCGACAAUCAAGUAAUUGCCGACUGGUACGCAAGUAACAGUUCUCUGGUCUUGCGCAGGAGUUCCAAUGAUACCGAGUUCGCGGCUGUCGCGAAUCUCCAAAAGAUUCUAGUGAACGUGUCGUCCAGGAUUGGUGAACCUUAUUUAAAGUAUAGAGAAUCCGAAGAGGGUAAGAUAUUGUACGGAAACGACAGAUAUGAAGGUUACUCGAUGGAUUUGAUCCAAGAAGUUGCGAAUAUAAUCGGCUUCAGGUUUGAAUUUCAUUUGGCUGAAGACAAGGAAUAUGGGAAAUGGGACGAGAAGAAGAAAAAAUGGACUGGGCUUGUUGGAGAUCUUUUGGAAAGGAAAGCACAACUUGCAGUUUGCGAUCUCACCAUUACACAUCAAAGAAGGGAAGUGGUUGAUUUCAGUAUGCCUUUUAUGACGCUAGGAAUAAGUAUUCUGUACAAAAAAGAGGAAAAAAAGGAUAUUAAUAUGUUCGCUUUCUUGGAUCCGUUCUCGGUGUCAGUUUGGAUUUAUACAGCUACAUUGUAUUUAAUUAUUUCCGUCGUGUUAUAUUUCAUAUCCAGGAUGACUCCUGGAGAUUGGGAAAAUCCACACCCGUGCGAUGAAAAUCCAGAGGAACUGGAAAACAUAUGGGACAUUAAGAACUGUCUGUGGUUGACUUUGGGCUCCAUAAUGACGCAAGGUUGCGACAUAUUGCCAAAAGGUAUAUCAUCGAGAAUGGCGGUUUCGAUGUGGUGGUUCUUCUCCCUCAUCAUGACGAGCUCCUACACGGCCAACUUGGCGGCUUUCUUGACCAAAGACAGAAUGGAACCCACCAUCGACGGGGCCGAGGCCCUCUCGAAACAGACCAAAAUUAAAUACGGCGUGGUGGACGGGGGAUCUACCAUGGCUUUCUUCAGGGACUCCAACUUCUCAACUUACCAGAGAAUGUGGACAAACAUGCUUGCCACCAGGCCCAGCGUCUUCGAGAAAAAUAACAAUGACGGGGUGAAAAGGGUGCAAGCGCCAAAGGGACAGUACGCUUUUCUGAUGGAGUCUACUCAAAUCGAAUACGAAAUAGAGACCAAGUGCGACUUGAAGCAGGUGGGAAGCUCCUUGGAUACGAAGAGUUACGGUAUCGCCAUGCCAAUGAAUUCACCUUAUAGAAGUGCUAUCAAUAAGGCCAUUUUGAAACUCCAGGAGAGUGGAAAGCUGAACGAUUUGAAAAACAAAUGGUGGAAGGAGAAGCGGAAAGAUCCUUCAUGUGAAAACUUCGAUGUAGAGGAAAAAUCUGAUAGUGCUGAACUGGCACUGGCUAAUGUUGGCGGCGUGUUUUUCGUACUGGGUGUUGGUAUAGCAAUUGCGGUUAUGCUAGCCAUAUUUGAAUUCUUGUGGAACGUCAGAAGUGUAUCUGUGGAGGAACAUCUGACGUAUUGGGAGGCGUUGAAGGUGGAGUUGAAGUUCGCCUGUAAUGUCUGGAUCACGAAGAAGCGAACGAAACCAGUCAUCUCCGAAUCCUCGUCUUCCAGCAGCCACAAGAGCGAUAAGACGGACGACAAAAGCAUGAUCCACAGUUUCUUGCAGAGUGCCGGGUCAUUUAUGAAUUUAAACAACUAAUUUAGUUGAUAAAAGAAAUGUUUGUGAGACGAAAUUUUAAUACCAAUGUACUUGUAAUAAAUUGAAUUAUACGAGCAAAUCAAACUGA